AUGAAUUUUUUGGGUUUUGGUCAAAGUGCCGAAAUCGACAUUAUUUUGGAUGGAGUGGAAAAUCGUAAAACGGCCGAAAUCAAAUCAGAAGAUGGUAAAAAAGAAAAGCAUUAUUUGUAUUACGAUGGAGAAACGGUUUCGGGAACUGUUAACGUAACUCUUAAAAAAUCUGGAUCUAAAUUAGAACACCAGGGUAUUAAAAUUGAAUUUGUCGGUCAAAUUGAAUUAUAUUAUGACAGAGGGAAUCAUCAUGAAUUUACAAAUUUGGUUAAAGAAUUAGCUCGUCCUGGUGAACUCACUCAAAACACAAUGUUUAAUUUUGAAUUUUUGAAUGUAGAAAAACCAUUCGAAAGUUACACUGGUUCAAAUGUUAGGCUUAGAUAUUUUUUAAGAGUAACCAUUGUUAGAAGAUUGUCAGACAUAGUUAAAGAAUUAGAAUUAAUAGUUCACACAUUGUCUUCAUAUCCAGAAUCAAAUUCAUCGAUUAAAAUGGAAGUCGGAAUCGAAGAUUGUCUUCACAUUGAAUUCGAAUAUAAUAAAUCGAAAUACCAUUUAAAAGAUGUCAUAGUUGGAAAAAUUUAUUUUUUGCUCGUUAGGAUUAAAAUAAAACACAUGGAAAUUGCAAUAAUUAAAAGAGAAACAACUGGUUCGAGUCCACAUUCAUUCACUGAAAAUGAAACUAUAGCCAAAUAUGAAAUUAUGGAUGGAGCACCUGUUAAAGGAGAAUCAAUUCCGAUUCGAUUUUUUAUGGAUGAAGAAGACAGAAGAUAUUUCAAACAACAGGAAAUAACAUUAUGGCGUAAGGGAGAAAAAACUAGAAAAUUAAUACAGGAUGCUAAUUCGCCGAACAUGCCUUCACAUUUAGUAUCUGGUGAAGCCAGAAAAGAUAAGAAUUCUCAAAAUAAUCAAAACUCGAGUGAAAAAAGUGAUGGGCCUGUUGAAAAUAUGACAAGAGAAAGUCCAGUCCUUGAAAAUAGCGAAUCAUCUCAAAACUAUUCAUUUCAAAAUAAGAAAUAG